AUGAGGGUGAAAGCCAAAUUUUUAACUGAGUUAAGUUAUAAGCUCAUUGCUUCUGGAACAACUGGCCUUUUGGUCUCAACCAGGAAGCAUAUGUACUGCACAGAUUAUACCAAAUAUGAUGAAAACGACAAAGCCUCAGCAAUCUGGGUCAGCUAUAACUCCAUGGACUUGAUGCAACAAGUUAAAGGCAAUUAUUCUGAUAGCAGGGAGGAAGAGGAGGAAGAAGAAGUAGCUGAGAUUAUGGCUAUCACAAGAGAGCCAGAAAGCAGCAGGUUACACCAGCAAGAUGCCGUGUCCAAUUUUGGAAAGAAGCUAGACCUGAUGGAGUUGUCACUAGGGAGCAACAAGGAAGAGGAAGAGGAGGGCAAUUUGCAACAAGGUGGAGGAGGAGUGGUUCAUCAUUAUCAUAGUCAACAACAACAUGAACAUGAACACCAACACCAACAUCAUCACCAUGAAAGUCACGGAACUUGUUCAAACACGAAGGAAGUAGUGGAGAAAGAGCACAUGUUUGACAAAGUGGUGACACCAAGCGAUGUGGGGAAGUUGAACAGGCUGGUGAUACCGAAGCAGCACGCGGAGAAGUACUUUCCCCUUGAUUCCUCGUCGAACGAGAAGGGUCUGCUCCUGAAUUUCGAGGACCGGAGUGGGAAGGUGUGGCGGUUCAGGUACUCGUAUUGGAACAGCAGCCAGAGCUAUGUGAUGACAAAGGGGUGGAGCCGUUUCGUGAAGGAGAAGAAGCUUGAUGCAGGUGACAUUGUCUCCUUCCAGCGUGGCCUUGGGGAUAUGUAUAGACAUAGGUUGUACAUAGACUGGAGGAGAAGGUCUGAUCAUGCUCAUCCUCAUCCUCAUCCCUCUGAUCCCUCAACCUCCCCUUUGUUUCUUCCCUCUAUCAGAUGGUACUCCCUUCCUGCCACCUCCUCCAUCAUGCCACCUCGCUACCACCACGAUCAUCAUUUUCACCAUCUCAAUUACAACAACCUCUUCAGUUUUCAGCAGCAACACCAGUACCUCGGCCAUGCUCAUGGUGCUGCCACAGCCGCUGCUGCUCAUCAUCACAAUAACUAUGGGGAGCAUAAUUCGGGAUCUGGGACUGGCUCACUCUAUUACCUCAGGUCCUCCAUGUCAAUGGGUAUGGGUGGUGGUGGUGAUCAAAACAUGGCAGGAAGAGGGAAUAGCAUUAUGCCCAUGAUCAUCGAUUCUGUGCCAGUUAACGUUGGUCAUCAUAACCAUCGCCACGGGCAUGGGGGCAUGACGAGUGGUGGUGCUAGUGCUGCCACUAGUGGUGGAAAACGACUAAGGCUAUUUGGGGUGAACAUGGAAUGUGCCUCUUCGGCCGAAGAUUCGAAAGGCUUGUCAUUGGGUUCACAUGCAAUAGUGGGUAAUUCACCUUCUUCUUCUUCUUCUCCGCAUCUGCAGCAACGGUUGAGGGUGCCCCACGAAGACCCACUUUCUUCUUCAGCAAGGUUUGGGGAUCAAAAAGGCGGGUCUGGGACUUCUCUGCUGUUUGAUUUGGAUCCCUCCUUGCAGUAUCGGCAGUAG